AUGGAUGUGUUGAAAUCAGCCAGAAGAGUUAUCCGGAGUCCGAGUGUCUCCAAGCAACCGUGGGAUGUCACUAAACACAAAAAACUUCCAGAGAACUGGACAGAUACGAGGGAGACCCUUGUAGAUGGCAUGACCUUUAACCUCAGGUACAUGGGAAUGACUCUAAUUGACCAGCCCAAAGGUGAAGAUGCGUCAGCUGCUGCCAUCAAAAGGAUUGUUACAACAGCUAAAGCUGGUGGCAAGAAGCUCCUUAAGGUGGCACUUACAGUCUCUUCUCAGGAAAUGCUCAUUUAUGACCGCGUAUCCAAUCAGCUAAUAGAGCGCUUCUCUAUAUACAGAAUAUUGUAUUACACAGUCAACAAAAUACACGACAAAGUGUUUGCGUUCAUCGCUCAGAACCAGCAGAACGAGACGCUGGAGUGCCAUGCAUUCCUCUGUGCCAAGAAGAAAGUGGCUCAGGCUGUGACACUCACCGUAGCUCAAGCCUUCAAUGUGGCCUUCAAGUCCUGUCAGCUCGACAGAGAAAAAAACGAGCAAAAGUCUGGCUUGGAUUUAGAGACUAGCAGGAACGCACAACCUCACAUAUCUGUUUCUCUGCUCAGCCUGAAUGGAACUGAUGCUGUCAAAUACAACCUGUUGGACCUUGAGGAUUGCUCCAAGGUUCUCAUGGAAACCACUGAGAACCAUCUGGAGAAGCACAAGAACACUGAAAACAAUGUCGUCUCGGUAAGACCAUCAUUUGCCCACAAUGCUGUCAAAUACAACCUGUUGGACCUUGAGGAUUGCUCCAAGGUUCUCAUGGAAACCACUGAGAACCAUCUGGAGAAGCACACCAACACUGAAAACAAUGUCGUCUCGGCAGGUUAUAAAGGACACAUCCUGGAGAAGUGA